AUGGAUCCUAGCAAACAGGCAUGGUUACUGUCCAAACCUGUAGGAAUAACUUCAGAAGCAUCUUCAUUGGGACAGAACAUGACUGUCAACCUCGAUGCCGCCAUGUCUACAUUUGCUACCCUGCCUGUCCUCCCACCUGCCCCCCAGCCAACACUUCAAUUAUUCUGGGAGCCCCAAGAGCCCCUCCUGACUGGAGGCAUCUCUCCCUGGAAUCCACUAGUGUUAUCUGCCUUGCCUGGGAUGUCUUUGGUGGCAGAAGAUGGAAGUACGACCCUAGGUACAGCUGUACCUCUGAACAUUGUGCAAAUUGGGACAACAGGCAGGCCUGUACAGCCCAUGCCCAAUGCCAACCUUUUCCUCACUCAGGUGUCCCUCAAUUGUAAUGUCCCUGUGACCCAAGGUGGGGUUAUUGGGUGCCCUGCUUCAGACUUCAUGACAACACAUGAGGCCAAUACCUUCAUAAAUGCUCAAAUUGCUUCGGCCUUCCAGCACCAAGAAGUAUUGUGGGUCCUGGGUUCUCACCCUCCCACAACACAGCCAGUUGUCCAGUUGGUUCCUGUCCAGUCCCCAGUGAACUCAGCACCACCUCCAAAAGGAGCAGUUGUAGAGAGUGGACCAGCCAACGUUCAAACCAACUCCACAGAAAACUGCUUGUCCAAACCAGACAGCGUCUAUGGGAAUAUCCGGCGCUGGCAGCAUAUCAAGACUCUGGUCCAGCGGCACCUGUCCCAGACUCCAGACGUGUCAGCUUUCUCCUGCUUCCUCAUUCCAGUGCUUCGGUCCCUGGCCCAAAGGAAGCCCACCAUGAAUGUGGAGGAGGGCCUGUGGAGGGGUCUGCAGGAAUGGCAGUGUACAAGCAACUAUGACCGGAUGAUCUUCUUUGAGAUGGCUGAAAAGUUUAAAGAAUUUGAGAAUGCAGAAGAGAAGGAGAAUUCAAGGCUGGAGUUCGAGAAUUCAAGGCUGGAGAUGACGAGAAGUAUCAAGUGCCAAGUUCUUACAACCACAAGGCAAGAUCCUCCAAGGUUCCCAGCUCCUGAGGUGUUUGAGGAACCAGUGUGUAACUCCAUGAAGAUUGGUUCCAUUACUGACCCUGCCUGCCUCCCAGUAUUUAGACACAGGCAAUUACAAAAGACUGAGGCAACCAUGGAAAUUCCACCUGAAGCCAUGCAGGAGUACAUGGAUAUUACGGACUGGCUAGAGAGGCCUCCACAGUCAAACACAGGAAACCCCACAGAAAAAGAGCAAGAGGAGAACAGUGAGCCGGAGCAGGAAGAAGAUGACUUCUACUCAGAUGCAGGAGUCCUGAGUUACAUUGAUGAGCUGUGCUCCCAAAAACACUUCGUUGACCAAGUGGAGGACAUAAUACACCCCCAAUUUGUGGCAGAAAUCCUAUCUUCCAAGCCAGAGAUUGACAUACUGUCUCUAAUGAAGGAUCUGGAGUAUGAGGAAGAAUUCAGUGUUGAGCAGCUGGUAGAAGAGAACUGCAUGGCUUUGAAGAAGAAAGGCUGUAAGAGGGCAACUCUGAAACCUGGUGCCCCUCAGAUACUUUCCAAUGCUUCAUUUCCAACUGUCUGUCAAGAUGCAAAGAGAGAAGGCCAUGGUCCCCAAAGAGGGACCAGUGCACAGAAACGUUCCUCACUGGUGCCUUCUUUAGAUCAUCAGUUUCCUGGAGCUACCAAUGCAGAAAUAUGGGGGCCUAGUCCUACUGUCUUCCAAAGUAGUCAGUGUUUACCCUCACUGGGAGACCUCAGUUCCACUGUUAUUACCUAUGGCAGAGGAGCCCAUCCCCAAAGCCCAGGGUCCAGAUGUGCAAUGAGCCUCAGAGGAGUUUCUGCUAUGGAGGAGUUCCAGGAGGCACUGGGCAGAACCAUUGAGGACAAAGAGGAGAUCCCCAGCUUGUCCUUCCUCCUGUGUUCCCACUAUAGUCUGGUGCCAUGGAAACUGUCUGGCUAUUUGUGCCCCUAUACAGGUCUCUCUGACUCUGCUAGUAUCCCCAAACCCUUAUCUCCAAGGAUGAGGGACCUCAGUCCAGAUCCAUCUUCAAAUGACAAGUCAAAUAAGCCAGCUCUCAUUGGAGGCUUGACUCCUAUGGCUAAGAGGUCUAACUCAGGGCUUGGUCAUGGGAUAUUUGAAGGGCCACUCUCAGCCCUGGGGCUCACUCACUCUUUGCAGGCACAGAAGUUUGACUCACUAAGCACAAGGAAGAGGAAGAGGAAGAAGUGGCACUGUGUCACCUGUGGGAUGUCCCGUCAAAGCAGGCAGAGUUUCACUCUGCCUCCACCCUGCACCCCCAUACCAAAAAUGAAAAAGAAAACACACUGA